AUGAUAAAUAAAAGAAAGAGAAAGAGAGACCCAUAUACAGAAGUAUAUGCUUUAGGCCAACAUAUAUGUAUGUCCCCUCACAAAGCACGAAGAAUAAUUGAUCAGAUUCGUGGACGUUCUUACGAAGAAACACUUAUGAUACUCGAGCUCAUGCCUUAUCGAGCAUGUUAUCCCCUUUUUAAAUUGAUUUAUUCUGCAGCAGCAAAUGCUAGUCACAAUAUGGGUUUCAACGAAGUCAAUUUAAUCAUUAGUAAAGCCGAAGUCAAUGAAGGCACUACUGUGAAAAAAUUAAAACCUCAGGCUCGAGGACGGGGUUAUCUGAUAAAAAGAUCAACUUGUCAUAUAACUAUUAUAUUAAAAAAUAUAUCCUUAUAUGAAGAAUAUGAAGAAUAUAACAUAUGA